CGGAGGUUGGCAGGGAAGUGGCCAGGCGUCACUUCCGGCUUCCUCUCUGGCUGCCAUCUUGCUAUCCCGCGUGUGUUCCCCUAUCUUUGGCUCUUCUACCUGCGACCCCGCGAGUAACACCCCCGGUCAUCUGCGCAGCUCCGUUUCCGUUCCGGCAAGAUGAAAGAAACGAUUAUGAACCAAGAGAAACUUGCCAAACUGCAGGCACAAGUGCGCAUUGGUGGGAAAGGAACUGCUCGGAGAAAGAAGAAGGUGGUUCAUAGAACGGCUACAGCCGAUGAUAAGAAACUUCAGUUUUCCUUAAAGAAACUAGGAGUAAACAAUAUCUCUGGUAUCGAAGAGGUGAAUAUGUUUACCAACCAGGGAACAGUGAUCCACUUUAACAAUCCUAAAGUUCAAGCAUCAUUGGCAGCAAACACUUUCACUAUUACAGGCCAUGCUGAGACAAAGCAGCUAACAGAAAUGCUCCCCAGCAUCUUAAAUCAGCUUGGAGCUGACAGUCUGACUAGCUUAAGAAGACUGGCAGAGGCUCUGCCCAAACAACCUGUUGAUGGAAAAGCACCACUUGCCACUGGGGAGGAUGAUGAUGAUGAAGUUCCAGAUCUCGUUGAGAAUUUUGAUGAGGCUUCUAAGAACGAGGCUAACUGAAUUGAGUAUCAACUUCUGAAAGUUAAGACUUGAAAGUUAUAUGGAGCUGCUAUUUUAUAUCGUGUGACUGCUUUUUCCCUUUUUUUUUUCUUUUUCUCUUUUUGGUUUUUGUUUACGGAUCUAGAGAAUUAGAUCUCUAAUAUUUUGAAGCCUGUUUGGACAUUGCAGCUCUUUUCAUUUAUUGCUUAUACACAAUUCAUUCUUUGCAGCCUAACUAUGCUGAACAAGCCUGGAAUUAAAGUUUGAAAAAAGGUUAAUAAAAUCUUUACCUAAUAUA